GAGGAAGUCAAGCUCGGAUAAAAAUCCAUUUGUUGCCUUUCUGUUUGGGGAAUGAAACGUGGAGACUGUUAAAGCAGUCUGAAUCCAAGGAGUUUUAUGUUCGAUACAGAAAACCCGGCAAAGUUUCUCGACAUUGAGUUACUUUCCAAAGAUGUCGCCGCUCAUAUUUACGUUCUGUGUUUUGAGCACCUGUGCGUUGUGCUCAAUCCUUGCCUUCGCUGAGAUGGAUGAAUCUGCGCAAGAACACCAUGGUAACCUUACUCAAGAACAAAGAUUGUUAGAUCAUCUGCUUCAGAACUACAGGACCCGCAGACUUAUCCGUCCUGUAAAGGAUCUCUCCAAACCAAUUGUCAUCGAUUUCAGUGCUGAGUUAGUUGGCGUAGCUAAAGUGGACGAAAAAGAACAGAUAAUUAAGACUCACUUUUGGAUUCGCCUGGACUGGAACAAUCCUUAUAUGACGUGGAGACCACAGGAUUACGGAGGAAACAAGGUGAUGAACAUUCCUCCCGAAAUGCUUUGGGUGCCUGACAUCGUUUUGUACAACAACGCUGAUGAUCGACUCAGCUUAAAAGCAACAUCCGGGUUCACAACGAGCGUCAAGGUCCGCCAUGAUGGAAACCAAACAUGGCGGGCUCACAUCAUCUACAAGAGCAUGUGCAACAUCAACGUCAAGUAUUUUCCAUUUGAUGAGCAGCAGUGUAAAAUGGUUUUCGCCUCUUGGUCACAUGAUGUGAACACAAUAGACUUGAGAAAAAGGAAAGGUCCGCUAGGAGAAAAAGCUGUGGCUAAAAAAGAUAGAGGAUCCGACGUGUUCCAGGAAAACGAGGAAUGGACGGUGGAAUGGAUUACCAUCGAUAGACACGAGAAAGAAAACGACUGCUGCGAUUUACCCGUCGCCGAUUUGACUGUCACGAUGCUACUGCGCAGACGCACCUACUAUUACGUAAUGAGCCUUAUCUUGCCCUGUACUCUCAUAGCUUGCACCAUCUUCCUAGAGUUUAUUCUUCCAGCAGAGUCUGGAGAACGAGUGGGCCUUGGUAUUACUAUCCUUUUAUCGAUGGCCGUGUUCCAAGAACUGACCUCUGAGAAGCUUCCCUCAAGCUCUGAACACUUCCCUCUGUUAGCUAUGUACUACUCAGUGUCCAUCAUGGAGAUAGGUACAGCACUCGGCGCUACCUGCAUCAUUCUAAAUUUUCACCACCGAAACACAAAGAUGCCGAGUUGGUUCCAAAAGAUCGUGCUUGAAUGGCUGGCCAAGAUCGUGCGAUAUGAGCCCACCUACAACCGGCAUCCGGCCAGCGGUGACGCUUUAAAUGACAGCACGCAAAAGAUAAUGCAAUCAAACACAACUAGUGACAGGAAAAGAAACGACGCUUUUGAUUUGGAAAGAGAAUCAAUCGAGUAUGAAAUGGACCUUUUCGAGGAGGCUCGCGUGGGACGUGACCAAGUGCCUUUGGCCCAAAAUGGGAACAUUUCAACGAAUCACGUCACCAGGAAGCGCUCGGUCAAACGCAAACCGCAGGACUCUGAAACCGAGACUACGGAGGUACAGAUAUCGGAGGCGAAGUUUCCUUUGUAUGACUUCAACAAAGAAGAAUUUUACAAAAAGCAAUGGCAGGAUGCGGCCAGGAUCUUAGAUCGAGUUUUGCUGUUAGCGUCGGUUGUGAUUGGGUCUGUUUCAGCAAUGAGUAUUUUCUUGCAAUCUCCUCGGAUCAGAGAACUGUUUAUUCCGUGACAGAGAACUCAACACUGUGUUAGGAAAAAAGUUUUCAGGCUGUAAACCACGAUUCCAUGACUAUUGAGUGAUUUACCUUUGCUGUGGAAAUGAUAGUGAUGCAGCUGGGAACGAUUUUGCAGGAAUCACCUCGAAUAAGAAGGUUCUCCAUUGUCCAGACGUGAAAACAUUGAAAAAGACCAUAAAUUUUCAAGAUUUCGUGAAGCCAACGAUUUUGGCAAAACUUGGGUUUCAGACAAUUCUUUCAAAAAAAUUGGCUGCUAAACUAGUCCUGGGCAAGAAUCUUCAUUUGAUCGAUCACAUCUGGCCAUCUGCAUGAAAAGUACCUCGGCUGAAACUGUUGACUCAUCAAUGCGCCUUGUGGCACCAUAGCAAUAAAAUUCUCAGUCAUGGUUUGGUGUUACUGAUGCAGAAUACGUUCAGAUCUUAACUGUUGGAAAAAUUGGAACGUGACUGCACGUUAAAAAGUUGACAAGACCUCCCCGAAACAAAAUCCUGACAAAACAUUGCCUGGAAUUCAAACUUCGGAAGUGACGAAUAAGGCAAACACUAUAUUUAAUGUCUAACGAAAAGGUAAAUUUUUAUUUGUAAGAGACAAGGUCUGAAUGGUGAAAAAUUUGUGCCAUCAAAACCUCUAACUAGAAAAAAUGAACGGUCGUUGACUAAUAGAUAAGAACUCGUAAAAAACAGAGUACAUUUUAACCUUGAGUUCGAAGGUAAGAGAACUCUGCGACAUGUUGCAUUGUUUUUUCAAUAGAAGAGAGAAAACAAUACUCCUGUAAUAGUUCAAUAAGGCUUUAGGGUACAUGAUCACUAAAAGUAAAUUGUAUGGGUGGAUAAGGGACUGAUGAAGUUCAUAUCAUUACAAUGGAAAGUUCACGGAUUUUUAAAGAAGAAGUGGAGUGUGACGUGAUGAUUAACAAGCAGGAAGUGACAACACUAACAGAUAAAACCCACUUUGAGGUUUCCAGAUCAGUUACACUUUAAUUUAUAGAAUUACCAAGCUGCAUUCUGAUUAAUUGUUAGGAUAGAGCAAGGCAAGUCACUUGACAAAUCAUUCAGCCUAGGAAGAAUCUUGAUGAAAUCAAAACAAGGUUGUUUAGUUCAUGAUCAGUAUUAUUGUGCCGCAUUUUAAAAUACUAUAUAGAGUAAUAGUAUCGACCCAUGUGCUCGAUUUCCGUCGUUUUCUCAGAACUGUCUUCCGAUCUUCCAAGAGAUUAUUAACUUGGAUCGUCCGAAGAAGUUUUGAAGAAGAGCGCGGGCUCGUUUCCCGAUCAGCGACUGGUAAUAGGUUCUAAUAGACCCAUCGAAACUGCUGUAACACAGUGGUCAAACGUCGAGCAUGCGCAAGGGAUCAAUUUUAGCCAGUCGAACGCCAAUUUCUCGCUCAAAAUUUCAAAGGAACACGUAAUCCAUCGCAAAAUAAGCUGAAUAAAAUUGAAAUGUACAGGAAAAUCUGUAAAAGGAACCAAAAGUAGGGAAAAAGAAAAACUCUUCAAACACGAAGGGUUUUCAAGUACAGUUAUUUUGUUUAACAUUAUGUUUUAAGCUUUACCAAAAAUGUUACGCGCUUUUAAAUCACAGUGACUUACCAGAUGGGGUUGGUUGUUUGUACUUCGUGUGAGGCGAUUUGGUUCUGACAGCCACCUUAUCAUUACAACAUUCGCGCAUGCGCAGACGUUUGACCGCUUUGUUAAUUGCAGUGGGCUGUCAUAUCUGUUAUAGUGUAAUAAGUAGAUUUGUAGGUUUUUCAUAAAAGUUUAAAUGUAAAAGACAAAAAUACAUAGUAACGAAGGCUGGCCACAGGGAAACAAAAGAGUUUUAUCCAGAACUUGAUUAUUUUUAAAAGAUAUAUUGAAUUGACAUGUAAAAAUGCAUCCUCAUUGAGUAUUUUUACAACUUCAUCAUUGUACAAAGAAAGGUGUUGGAGCUGAAUUAUAUGUCACGU